UAAACAAUAUAUGACAAUACGAAGUACGACACACGUCAUUGAAAUAGGACGUCGGUUUAUGUCGUUGUGAUAUAAAUACUUGUUUUCGAUUCAAACUAUUUUCUUGGUUUCAUUCGUGUUACUUAUAAAGUGCUCGGUGAUGUAAACAUAAGAUAUUAUAAUAUUAUACUUACAGCAUACUGUUAAAAAGGACGACACCGUGACACGGAAGACCCGAUCACCACUUCCAGUUCCGACUGCAUAGAAUACAGAUAGGUACCUGUUGAUAAAGCCAACUUUAAUUACAGACUUGUCAAAUUGGUCUUGCACUUCUGUGUUAAUUAUUUUCAAGUUUUUCAUAAUUUGUUAUACACCGAGUUUUAAUAAUGCCCAAGUGCCUAGUGUGCGAAAAUUCUUCUGCGAGUACCAAUCGUCGUGAUAUAACUUAUCAUUCGUUUCCUAGGAAUGAAUACCUAAGAAGAGAAUGGCUUAAUGUGUAUGGAAUUGAUCAUUGUAACGAUACCGAUCGUAUAUGUAGUGAUCAUUUUUUAGAAGAAAACUAUAGGACAGGACGAAAGAAAUAUUUAAAAAAAGAUACUAUCCCCCAAGGCUAUGACAAAAAUUGUCUUCCUUCCAAUUGUACUCAAAGUAAUGAUGUUGUAAUGAGCAACAAUGAAUUUUUACCAACAGAACUAAAUCGUUUAAGUUACACCACUCGAAGUUAUGUUGAUGAAACUAGUACUAAUGAAUUUUUACCGAGGGAUGAUAAUCAUUUAAGAAAGGUACAAAGCUAUGAAAAUAUGACGAGGCUCCAAACUGAACCAUUUGACAGACAAAUGCCUACGUUCAUUGCCAAUGACAAUAUUCGAACCGUAAUUGAAAGCGGUUCAGCACCAGUGUUAACAACUACUACAACUACUAAGUAUAAACCAGGAGCAACUUCAACCUUAAAAAUGCCAGAUAAAUUGUCUUCUAAUACUGUAAUUAAUCCAGAAUUAAUUGACAAUCAAAUUACAUUUUUAAAACAUAUCUCUCCCGCAAAUAAAUUAAAUUCAUCUGUAUUGCCUGAAAUAAAGACUCCAGUCAUUUCAGAAUGUUAUUCAUUAGCUGGAAAGGCAGAUAUCCACGAUUCAAACCCAGAUAAAAGUACAAAUACCUCACAAUAUAUAAUAAUUGAUGAUGACGAUACAGAAAAUUUUAGGGUGAAAGAUCACAGAUUUAUUUAUAACAUUUCUAGAAUUAUUGUACUUCCUAGUGCACUUUGGAGGAUUGUAUAUGAUUGUGUACAAAAUACAACUUCUUUUUAUCAACGAGACAGUUCUUAUAAAACUGUGAAAAAAAUUAGUUUUUAUAAUAGCCUUUUGCCAAAAAUACAAAUAUAUGGAAUUAACUACAAAUAUAACAAGCCUAUUAAAUCAAAAAAACAAUUACAAAGUCUUUUAGAAAAGGUUGAUAGUAUUAAGAAAUGUUCUGGUGUUGAUGGAUUUACCACUACCAAAAGGUAACUCAAUUAUGAAGAUCGUUCAGAAGAUGUUAAUUUGUAAUCUGCCUGUAAAGAGAAAUAUCAAGAACUGUACAAAAUUACUGAAUCUAAAACCAAAACGAUUGAAAGUCUUGAACAGAAAGUUUGUUAACUGGGUGUUUCUAAAUUGUAAUGUAAGACACUCAUUAUUUUAAAAAAAACUAUUAAUAAUUUUAAAAAUAUUUUUUUUACAUAAUUUCAAGUCGUUAA